AAAAUGGCGGCCGCGGCGAUGGAGACGUGGUGGGCCUUGCUGCUGUUGUCCUCGCUGCCUGUGGUCCGAACCUUCUACGUUCCCGGUGUCGCUCCCCGGGACUUCCGUGAUGGGGAGCUAGUAGAUAUUAAGGCCGUGAAGCUGACCAGCUCCCGGACUCAGCUUCCUUAUGAAUACUACUCCCUGCCUUUCUGUAAGCCGGACUCGGUUUUCUACAAAGGAGAGAACCUGGGCGAGGUCUUGCGUGGGGACCGUAUCGUGAACACACUUUACAAUGUUGAGAUGAACAAGGACAAGAAGUGUGAGAUGGUGUGCAGCAAGAAGAAGCUCAGCGUAGAGGCCAGUAAGCUGUUUGCUGAGCGAAUCCAGGAGGAGUACUACGUUCACCUCAUUGCCGAUAACCUUCCAGUUGCCACCAGGCUGGAGUUUUACCCCAACAGAGAAGUUGGAGUGGAGGAAGAGCAGAAGAAGGACAUAGUGAAGGAUAUCCAGUUCGAGCAUGGCUACAGACUGGGCUUCGUCGACAACAACAAGUUUUAUCUGCACAACCACCUGUCCUUCAUCCUGUACUUCCACAGGGAGAAGCUGGAGGAGGGGGAGGUUCACGACUACAGGGUGGUGCGAUUCGAGGUCGUACCCCAAAGCGUCAAAGUGGAAGAUCUGAAGGCUGUGGAGCAGGACAAGACCUGCACUCUGCCUGAGGCCAGCGGUUCUGCCCCCCAGGAGAUUGACCCGACCAAAGAGAACGAGGUCCUCUUCACCUACUCCGUGCACUGGGAGGAGAGUGAGGUGAAGUGGGCGUCUCGCUGGGACACUUACCUGACCAUGAGCGAUGUUCAGAUUCACUGGUUCUCCAUCGUCAACUCUGUGGUGGUCGUCUUCUUCCUGUCUGGUAUCCUGAGCAUGAUCAUCAUCAGGACCUUGAGGAAGGACAUCGCUAACUACAACAGAGAGGACGACAUAGAAGACACCAUGGAGGAGUCGGGAUGGAAGAACGUCCACGGUGACGUCUUCAGACCUCCUCAGUAUCCCAUGAUCCUCAGCUCCCUGCUGGGCUCUGGCAUCCAGCUCUUCUGCAUGGUCCUCAUCGUCAUCUUCGUCGCCAUGUUGGGCAUGUUGUCUCCAUCAAGUCGAGGAGCCUUGAUGACGACUGCCUGCUUUCUCUUCAUGUUUAUGGGCGUGUUUGGAGGCUACUUCGCCGGCAGACUGUACCGCACACUGAAGGGCCACCGGUGGAGGAAAGGAGCGUUUUGUACGGCGACUUUGUAUCCUGCAGUGGUUUUUAGCAUCUGCUUCGUCCUCAACUGUUUCAUCUGGGGAGAGCACUCCUCUGGGGCGGUUCCCUUCACCACCAUGCUGGCCCUGCUGUGCAUGUGGUUCGGUAUCUCCAUGCCGCUGGUCUACCUGGGCUACUACUUCGGCUUCCGCAAGCAGCCGUACGAUAACCCGGUGCGCACCAACCAGAUCCCUCGGCAGGUCCCGGAGCAGCGCUGGUACAUGAACAAGUUUGUAGGAAUCCUGAUGGCUGGAAUCCUGCCGUUUGGUGCCAUGUUCAUCGAGCUCUUCUUCAUCUUCAGUGCCAUCUGGGAGAAUCAGUUUUAUUACCUCUUUGGCUUCCUGUUUCUGGUCUUCAUCAUCCUAGUGGUGUCCUGCUCCCAGAUCAGCAUCGUCAUGGUUUAUUUCCAGCUCUGUGCAGAGGACUACCGGUGGUGGUGGAGAACCUUCCUGGUGUCGGGAGGCUCAGCCUUCUACGUCCUUGUUUACGCCGUCUUCUACUUUGUCAACAAGCUGGACAUCGUGGAGUUCAUCCCCUCCCUGCUGUACUUCGGUUACACCACCCUGAUGGUUCUGUCCUUCUGGCUGCUAACGGGCACAAUCGGUUUCUACGCCGCCUACAUGUUCAUCAGGAAAAUCUACGCCGCGGUCAAGAUCGACUGAGUUGCCGCUGUUUUUUUGUUUUUGGUCAUUGUUUUGUUUUUUCUUUUGCUCUUUUUUUUUUUUCCACAUUCAGUUUUUUUUUUAAAUCUAUAUUUUUUAUUCUUCAUGUCCAACAUGCACUGACUUGUGUGCAGCGGGAACCAGAGGGGUGUGUUUUACUGUGUGACCCACUGAAACCGCCAAACCGGCUGUUUCUCUCACACUCUCUCCCCCUAAACCUUCCCCCUCCUCACCCCCUUUUUACUUUUUUUUGCUUCUUCGCCCUUCGUCUUUCCGGGACAGAGACCCAGAGGCCGUCUUCCUCUGCCGGGACAGUUCUGUCGUCUCACCUUGCACACAGCGGGCCAAAGCUUGUCAAACGAUGGUUUCUGCACAUUUUUUUUUUUUUUCCAAUUGGGGUUUGAAGCCAAACUAACCAAGGUUGGUUUUAAUAAUAGUAAUUUUUUUGUCAUCGCAGGAUUUAUCUGUGACUUAAUUUCUUUCAAUCAUCUGCUGGGAGGCGAUUUUUGCUCUAAAUAUCCCUCACGUAAAUUCUGUCUUUACUCUUUCCACUGUCUGUUUUUCAGAUGUGACUUUUUUGUUUUUUCAUUUCAGAGACUUUACAGAUCAGGGAAGGAUCGGGGAGUGUAACUGUGGUUAUGGUGUCUGUUGUGUUGAACUGAUAUGGAUGGAAAUCUUUUUUUUUUUUUUUUUUGCUGGGACGUUCUGCAUUGUAACACAAGAAAGGAUAAAUUAAAUGUUCUAUUAUUUUUUACUUCAGUUUCCAUGUCUUGGUGUAACCACGAUGACCACAACUAUAAUCAAAAUAUUAGCGUCUCCUUCCCAAACAGUGGGUCUCCUGUUCGUGUCAGAACGUCGCUCCGUUUGCUCCAGAUGAUAGAGAGCAGCUGUAAAUGGUACUAAACUUGAGCGUGAACCCGACGCCCCGCAGCAGUGGACCGGAGCAUCGGGUUCACGGAGGAGGAGGAGGAACCUUUUGUAUCUGAAAGUCUACAACACAACUGUUUUUCCGCUCGUUAGCCACACCGUCAGUGUAGCCUUAGCAGUGCCGGAUCCUGCUGAACUAUGCAGUAAUGGAAAGAAAGUGCAGAUGCUAUUUCUUCAGACCGUGUUUGUUGAGAAAUAAUGUCUCAUUUCUUUACGUUUGAACUUGAUGUAUGAUACGUUUUUGUUUUGUUUUUUAUUUGGGUAUAAUUACAAUUAUUUUGAAAGCCAGCUGAGCUCGUCUCCGUGUUGCUGCCAGCGGUGGCAGACGUCACGUUGACAGCGUUUUGGGAUGUCCUGAGAUGCAGAGCGUUGAAAUGUAAUCCACAGUGUUCUUAUUAGACCUGUACAGUCUGUGUUACGUGUAGCCUGAUACCCAUAUUUGUGCAUCACAGCUCAUGUUUCUCCAUACCUCUCAAAUUGUAUUAAUUUUUCAGCUAUUAACUUAUAAUGCAUUUAGAACUUGGUGGAACCUGAUGAAAAAAAAAUAUUUGCUUGUCAAGCAACUCAAGUUAAGGGCUUCCCAUAGACGACUACUGUAUUCUACUGUAGCGGAAUAACGUAUAUUAAUCCAGUUAAAUCACAGUUAUGACAAUGAGGGACUAGUUUGACAUUUUGGGAAAUCCACUUAUUCUCUUUCUUAGCAAGAGCUUAAUGAGAAGAUUGAUUCCACACACAUAGGCUGGUUAAAUUAGAGAUAGCAACUGGUUAGCUUAGCUUUGUCCAAAGGGAACUAAACCCACUUAGCAGCACCUCAAAAGUGCAAUAAUUAUUUAGUUUAUAACAUUUUUAUGGGGUGUUGGGUUCUCAGCUAUUUCUGUGCAGAUUAAACAAAUAAGUUCUAAUCUUGUUGUACAGACAGAGCCAGGCUAGCUUGUUUCACCUGUCUACUGCCUUUGUGCUAAGCUAAGCUAGCUGGCAUCUAGCGGUAGCAUCUUAUUUUAGGUACAGACACGAGAGUGUUUGUGCUAAGCUAAGCAGCUGCUGUGUUUUUAUUUAAUGUACUGACACAGAAGCCUUUGUAGUUCGCUAAAUGAGGCCGUUCCAAGCAGCAGCUUCUCACUUUACAUACAGACACAAGCAUCGUUAUGUUAGCCGGCUGCUAGCAGCAACUUCCUACCUAAUGUACAGACAUUGAGUCAUUUUGCUAAACUAACCAGCUGCUAGAAUUAGGUUUUUUUAUUUUAUGUACAGACAUGGGAGCCUUUAUGCUAAGCUAAAUUAGCCAGCUGCUAGAUGUUGCUUCUUAGUGUGUGUAGGUGUGAGUGUUUUGGUGCUAAACUAAGCUAGCUGGCUGCUAGACAUAGCUUCUUACUUGGAAUUAAGGUGUGAGUGUCUUUAUGCCAUCUGAGCUUGCUAAGCUAAGUUUUAAUUUAAUGUGCUGACAUGGGGACCUUUACGUUGAGCUAAGCUAGUUGGCUAUGAGCAGCAGCUUUUUAUUCAUGUACAUACAUGGAAGCCUUUAUGCUGAGCUAAAUUAGCCAGCUGCUAGCAGUAGCUACUUACUUAUUGUAAAGACAUGAGCAUUUUUGUGCUAAGCUAACCAGCUGCUACAAUUAGACUUAUUUGUUGUACUAACAUGGGAGAAUUUAUGCUGAGCUACGCUAGCCAGCUGCUAGCCACAGCCCCUUACUGACUGUACCAAUGUAAGUGACCGUCUGCUAAGCUAAGCUAAGCUAGCUGGCUGUCAGCAAUAGAGUUUAAUGUGCAGAAAUGGGAGCCUGUAUGCUAAGCUAAAUUAGCCAGCUGCUACCAGUAGCUUCUUACUUAACUUGUGGACAUGACUGGUAUCAAUCUUUUUGUCUAACACUCAUCAGGAAAGCACACAAGUGUCCCAGAAUGUCAGAGUAAUCCAUGCAAGACAACACUGGCAUAUCAGCCGUUGUGUUCUAUAUCUCAUGUACAGAUCAGAUCUCAUUCUCUGCUGCCUUGUGACCGAUCAAACCUGCAGAAUACCAGGCGAGCAGACUGUAUAUGGCAUCAUAUUAAAGUAUAUUGGCAGUGUACUGUAUUUAACGGUGGGCGUUACAGGCCAACAUCUUAUUUCUUUUUUCCAUCGAUCAUCACAAACUCCUAAACAAAUAAAAAUCUAUAGUUUCCGUGUGCCCUUCAUGGACAUAGUUACGGCAGCAGUCGCACGUUUGACUGAUUUUAGGGGAUAGCUGAAGUGCAUUUUUUUUAGCAGCAGGCGUUUUUGCACAGAAGUCCAGGUGAUGUUUGAGUGCGAGGUCUGUACAGAGGAGGGCUUAGAUCAGCCCUGAUUCUCCAGGGCCACAGCAGCCUCCUUCCUUCACUAUUCCAACACUUGUUAAGCUAUGAACGAGUGAGAUGAAGCCCAAAUACUUUAAGUUCUCCCCGCCACUUUCUGCAGGAAAUGAGUAAAGCCCCAGAGGUCGGCUCAAGUCAAAAGAAAAAAACAAGGGGGACAGCGACCGUUUGAUAUGUUUCCAUCCUCCACCUUCUGUAUCAUGUCGAGGAGUUUCACAGCUCUGACUCUUGGCUGCUUUCUUAUGUAAAGACAGACACUCCUCUCUUGCCAGGGGAGAUUUUUUACAGACAGACUUUUAAGAGGCCCGAGUCAUGCGUGCGUAUGUAUGAUCGAGGGUUUUACAAUGUAAAUAAACAAAAACAAAAGAAGAAGAAAACUGCUUUGUAUUUGUUGCGUUUCGCUGUUUGUGGCGCUCUCUGUAAUGAUUCCUGUCAUCGUUUUAGCCAAAAGCAUGAUGCUCAUGAUGACUUUCAAAAGGAACUUUAAUUUCUGUUACUUUUCUCUUUGUUUCUUUUACAGAAUGUCCAAUUACAAACUGUAUAAUGGCAAAACAAUAAAGUGAUGACGAGUUGAAUAUGAAAA